AGUAAUUGAAUGCUGAGUGUGGGCGGUGGUCGUUCGGCAGUAUGUCGUGCUGUCAUUGCCACUUCCAUCGUCUGGUUGCUCAUUGAUGUUGUUAUUCUUUUUUACUAUCUCGAUCCAUCCACAUCACAACAACAGCCAUUUCCGGAGGAUAACAGAAUCUUGAAUCGUGCUCGACGGAUAGAACCACUACCACCAGCAGCUCAACAUGAUUCAGAUCCAGAUGCUCAUCCUAUUCAACCUGAAAAACAAGAGAAACAAGUUUACCCCGUUGACAAAGAAACUGCAAAUCAAUUGAGGAAACUUAUGGAAACUCAAGCAUUUGGCCCAGGGUACCAUGGACAAGGAGGUACUGGAGUCACAGUUCCAGAAGACAAAAAAACUAUAAAAGAGAAGAGAUUCUUGGAGAAUCAAUUCAAUGUUGUCGCUUCUGAAAUGAUUUCAGUUAAUAGAACUCUACCGGAUUACCGAUCAGAUGCAUGCCGCACGUCUGGAAAUAAUUUGAAAACUGCUGGAAUGCCAAAAACUUCCAUUAUUAUUGUUUUCCAUAAUGAAGCAUGGACAACACUAUUGAGAACACUCCAUUCGGUUAUCAAUCGAUCGCCACGUCAUUUAUUGGAAGAAAUUAUUUUGGUGGACGAUAAGUCUGAUCGAGAUUACUUGGUCAAACCGUUGGAUUCCUAUAUCAAAAUGUUCCCAAUUCCAAUCCACUUGGUUCAUCUCGAGAAUCGAUCCGGUCUAAUCCGUGCUCGCUUAACCGGAUCUGAAAUGGCGAAGGGAAAGAUCCUUCUCUUCCUGGAUGCACAUGUGGAGGUUACCGAUGGAUGGCUUGAACCACUUGUAUCAAGAGUCGCUGAAGACAGAAAACGAGUUGUUGCUCCUAUAAUUGAUGUAAUUUCUGAUGAUACCUUCGAAUAUGUGACUGCUUCCGAAACAACAUGGGGUGGAUUUAAUUGGCAUUUGAACUUCCGAUGGUAUGCUGUACCGAAGAGAGAAUUGAAUAGAAGAGGAUCAGAUAGAUCAAUGCCUAUUCAAACACCAACUAUUGCCGGUGGUCUUUUUGCUAUUGAUAAGCAAUUUUUCUAUGAUAUUGGAAGUUAUGAUGAAGGAAUGCAAGUAUGGGGUGGAGAAAACUUGGAGAUAUCAUUCCGAGUCUGGAUGUGUGGAGGUUCUCUUGAAAUUCAUCCAUGUUCUCGUGUUGGACACGUUUUCCGCAAACAGACUCCAUACACUUUCCCAGGUGGAACAGCGAAAGUCAUCCAUCAUAAUGCAGCACGUACAGCAGAAGUUUGGAUGGACGAAUACAAGGCAUUCUUCUACAAAAUGGUGCCAGCCGCCCGUAACGUUGAAGCUGGAGAUGUUAGCGAAAGAAAGAAGUUGCGAGAGACGUUGCAAUGUAAAUCAUUCAAGUGGUAUCUGGAGAACAUCUAUCCAGAAGCACCAUUGCCUGCAGAUUUCCGAUCGCUUGGAGCAAUUGUGAAUAGAUUUACUGAAAAAUGUGUUGAUACGAACGGAAAGAAAGAUGGGCAAGCUCCAGGAAUUCAAGCAUGUCAUGGUGCUGGUGGAAAUCAGGCAUGGUCAUUGACUGGAAAAGGAGAAAUUCGAUCGGAUGACUUAUGUCUUUCAUCUGGACAUGUAUAUCAAAUAGGAUCAGAGCUCAAAUUGGAACGUUGCUCCGUGAGCAAAAUCAAUGUUAAACAUGUUUUCGUGUUUGACGAUCAGGCCGGUACAUUGCUCCACAAGAAAACAGGAAAAUGUGUAACAGGCGCCGAUCAACGGGUGACACUGGAUGAAUGUGGUCUCGGACGGAAAGAUCAAAUGUGGCAAUUAGAAGGAUAUCAGAGCCCUUAGAGCAUCUUUUAUUUUAUUUUUAUUCUCAUAAAACGUCACAAUUUCUUAUUUUCUCCCAUUAUAUCCUCCCAUUUUCCACAUUUUCAGUAUUGAUUUCAGUCCAAAAUUCUCUCUCGGUGUCCAUCGUUUUCCUAUUUUCCCUCUCAAAAUCGUCCAUACCACCAGUGCCUUCAUAUUAGAGUUGCGAGUGCACUCUAACGAGAAUUUGUGAGAAAAAUUCAACUUUUUCGGCCUAUAAUAAUUGUAAUUUAUGUAAUUGUGAUAGCCUUUGAGAUUCGAGCAUAAUUUAUUUAUUGAUCCCCCAUUUCCCUUCAAAAAUAUCCAUUUUCAUUGCAUUUCACUCCAUUCUCAAUCCAUUCCAAAAUCGUUUUGGUUGUGAAACUCUAUUACUACGUCUCUUUUUUUCCUUUUACGAGUUCAAUAAUAAGUUGAAAUUUAAAAAAAA